AUGCAAUACAGAUCUCUCUUUUUAGGUUCCGCCUUAUUGGCCGCUGCUAACGCUGCUGUUUACAACACCACCGUCACUGACGUUGUUUCCGAGUUGGAGACCACCGUUCUGACUAUCACCUCUUGUGCUGAGGACAAGUGUAUCACCAGUAAGUCCACCGGAUUGAUCACUACCUCCACCCUCACCAAGCACGGUGUUGUCACUGUUGUCACCACUGUCUGUGACUUGCCAAGCACCACCAAGAGCUACGUCCCACCUGCUAAGACUACUACUAUUCCUCCUCCAGAGAAGACUACCACCACUGUCCCACCUCCAGCCAAGACUACCACCACUGUCCCACCUCCAGCCAAGACUACUAGUACCGUCCCACCUCCAGCUAAGACCAGCUCUCACCAUGAGUCUACCAUCACUGUGACUGUCCCAUCCUCCACUUCUACCAAGAAGAUUGAGACUGAGUCUACCACUUACCACUUUGUUACCCAGACCACUACUGCUAGAAACAUUACCCCACCAGCCAUCACCACCCAAUCUCACGGUGCCGCUGGUAUGAACGCCGCCAACUUCGUCGGAUUAGGUGCUGCCGCUGUUGCCGCCGCUGCUUUGGUCUUGUAA